AUGUGGGACGGGCUGACGGGCUCCGCGUGGGGUGAUUGGGCCAACUACACCGCUUCGCCUCUCCGUGCAUUCGAGCAGGAGCUUGGCGCACAGCCACCGCUCGGAUUCUGGGAUCCAGUCGGGUUCACCAAGGACGGCAGCGCAGAGAACUUCAAGCGUCGCCGUGCUGUGGAAAUCAAGCACGGGCGCGUCGCCAUGCUCGCCACCAUGGGUUAUAUCACACCCGAGAUCGCCGGAAAGUGGGGAGGCAUUUGUGCCACGGACCUCAAUUUCUCAGACAUCCCGAAUGGCCUUGCUGCCUUGAAGGUUGUGCCAUUUGCAGGCUGGCUUCAGAUCUUUGCGUAUUGCGGCUUCGUUGAGUUCUCCUCCGGCUUGGGCGAGGAUGCAUGGGGCAGCAAGAAGGCUGGCGAUGUCGGUUGGAAGCCGCCAUUCUUCGCCGCAGGCGACGAUGAGACCAAGAAGAGGAGGCUCGCAGCAGAGCUUGCCAACGGACGUUUGGCCAUGAUGGCUAUCAUUGGCAUGUUCUUCCAGGACCCAGUCCAAACAAAUGCCUAG